AUGAAAUUAAAAGAAAUAUCGCGUACAGCUACCUUUGCCUGGAGUCCUGGCCAAAAUUCUCCUAUAAUUGCAACUGGAACCGUAGCUGGGGCUCUUGAUGCUUCCUUUUCAAAUACAACAGAAUUAGAACUUUUUCACCUUAAUUUAGAUCAAAAUGAUUCAAGUUUUAACUUACAACAACCUUCUGGCUUAGUUACCAGUAAUGCAAGAUUUGAUCGUUUAGCAUGGGGAAUUGCUGCUGAUAAACCUUAUGGAAUUAUUGCCGGUGGGAUGGAAAAUGGUGAAUUAGAUUUAUGGGAUCCGUCAAUUAUUUUAGAGGGUGGCGAUUCUGAAAAGGCAUUAAUACUAAGGAAUAAUGCUCAUACUGGAAAUGUUCGUGGUUUAGCUUUUAAUAAUUUUCAAAGUAAUUUAUUGGCAUCAGGUGCAACUAAUGGCGAAGUAUUUAUUUGGGAUCUUACAAAACCAGACAAACCCUAUACCCCUGGAACCAGAUCAAAAUAUCUUGAAGAAAUAUCUCACCUUGCUUGGAAUAAUCAAGUACAACAUAUUUUAGCAACAUCUUCAAACACUGGUUGUACUGUAGUGUGGGAUUUGAAAUUUAAACGUGAAGUUACAACAUUAUCAUAUUCAGUUCCUGAUUCAACCGUUGGAUUAAGUAGUGGAGUUGGUAGAAGAGGUGCUACAGCUGCUACACAAAUUAUAGUAGCAUCAGAAGAUGAUAAUAAUCCUGUGAUAGUUGUUUGGGAUCUUCGUGUUUUGUCACUUUCUUGGUGUAAAAAAGACUCAGAUUUGCUACUUUCUUGUGGUAAAGAUAAUAGGACACUAUGUUGGAAUCCAAGAACUCUUGAAAUAUUGGGAGAGCUUCCUCCAAGUUCAAAUUGGUAUUUUGAUGUACAAUUUUGUCCUACAAAUCCUGAUUUAUUGGCUACAGCUUCUUUUGAUGGAAAGAUUAGUGUUCAUUCUUUACAAUCAGGACAUAAUCAGAAUGAAACCUAUUCAAUAGAUAGUAAUGAUCCAUUUUCACAAAUCGCAAGAGAUAAUGAGCCAUCGCUUACUCUUAAACUACCUCCUAAAUGGUUAAGGCGUCCAAUUGGUGUAUCAUUUGGAUUUGGUGGAAAAUUAAUAUCGUUCAAUAAUAAGACUGCAACAACAAAAAAAGGUGUCGUAGCUAUUUCAAAUAUAGUUUCAGAACCUGAAGUUGCUAAAAGUUCUGAUGAAUUGGAAAAUUCUGUGGAGGCAAAAACCUUAGAUGUUUUUUGUGAAAAACGUGAAAAACAAGCAACCAGUGAGUUUGAAUCUGAAAAUUGGAGAAUUCUUUAUACAAUGUUUAAUGAAAAUGAAAAUGCUAGAGAACUAUUGGUUAAAAAUCUUGAAUCAUUACCAAGUAGAUCAGAAACUGUUGAUGAACUUUUUUCAAGUUCAAACAUAUCUGGCAGUGAUGCAGAGGCUUCCAAAUUUUUUAGUCCAGAUGUUAUAAAUAGUGAUCCAUUUCCUAUUACAAAUACUGACGACCCCACUUCGAUACUUGCUGUUACAUCGUCAUCACCAAUACCAAAAAACUUGGGUGCCUUCAAAAUUUAUCCAACACAAGAAUCUGAUGUUGACAAACUUAUCACUAGAUCCAUUGUACUCGGCGACUUUGAAUCAGCUGUCAAAUUGUGUCUUGAGGCUGAUAGAUUAUCCGAUGCUUUGAUUUUAGCUGGUUGUGGUGGUCCUGAACUUUUACAACAUACUCGUAAAAUAUAUUUUGAAAAACAUGCAUCCACUAUUCCUUAUUUACGUCUUCUUCAAAGUAUAGUUUCAGGUGAUUUAUCAGAUAUUGUACUAAACGCAGACCUCUCUGAAUGGCAAGAAGUUGUUGUGGUACUGUGUACUUUUGCUCGAUCUGAGGAGUUCGGAGGAUUGUGUAAUGCACUAGGUCAAAGACUUGAAAAGGAAUAUCACAAAUUGACAAAUUAUUCAGCAACCAAUGAAAUGAAAGCACAAGGAUCAGAAUAUAGAAGAAAUGCAGUUUUAUGUUAUCUGGCAGCAGGAAAUUUAGAAAAUGUGGUUAACAUUUGGAUUGCUGAACAAGAGGAAGAGGAACAAAGUUUACUUGAGAAAGCCACUCAAAAUUUAUCAUCAUCGUCAGAACACCCAAGUCCUUCCUCUAAAUUCUUUUAUCAUGCAAAAUCUUUACAGAGUUUAAUUGAAAAGGUUACCGUGUUUCGUAAAGCAAUUGAUUAUGUUGAUUCAGAUUUGAUUCAAAAUUUGGAUGGAUCAGUAGAUUUAAAUCAACAACAACCACAUCGCCAUUAUAAACUAGCUCCUUUAUAUGACAAGUAUACCGAAUAUGCUGAAAUAUUAAUAUCUCAAGGACGAUUAACCACUGCACUCAAAUAUUUAAAUUUAACACCAAUAGAUUAUAAAAAAUCCAAUAUUAAUAAAGUCGAUUCUUUGGCUGUGGUUAGAGAUCGUUUAUAUAAUUCUGGAGUUGAUGUUGGUGGAACUAAAGCACCACCAUUUCCAUUUGAAGAGAAACACGUUGUUGGUGAAGGUGAAAUAAUUCCAACAGCCAUUGCACCUACUGAUACAUCUGCAUACCCUGCUGCACAAAUUAAUCAAAACUUUGCCCAAGCAUAUACUCCACAACAACAACAACAAAUAGCUGAUCCGCUAAUAGCUGCACAACAACCUUACUUUAAUCAAUACAAUUAUAAUCAACAACCUGUAGCUCCAAAUGUGCCUCCUUAUCAACAAACUCAACAAACGCCAUAUAACAAUAAUCCAUAUGCUCCACAAUAUAAUUCACCAAUUCAAAAUCAAACUAAUACUGGUUAUCCAUAUCAGCAGCCAGUUUAUCCUGCAUAUAAUCAACCUCAAUAUCAAGAUUCCGCUACGACUACUACCAAUACAAGUUUUAUCCCACCACCUCCGCAACCUUUUGCAAACCCUAAUGUUCAGAAUCAAAACUCGCCAACAGAUAUUACUCCCGCUGCAAACAAAAAAAACCUUGCCAAUUGGAAUGAUCCACCUGUUGUUCCAUCAUCUCAACUUGCCAAAAAAACUAAUCAAACUCAAGUUAAUAAACUAACUCCAAUUACAACCCCGUUCCAAAACCAAAAUGCAUUUGUACCACAAGCAGCUUAUGCAAAUCGUAAACCUCCAGGUGGUGCUGGUCCAUAUCAACAAACUGCACAACCAACAAAUUUACCACCACCACAAACUCGUACUACUCAACAGCCUGCUGUCCCACCAACAGCACCACCAGUUCCUUCACAAUCACCACAAGCUUCAACUCCUGCAAGAACACCAACUCCUGCAAGAACUCCAACUCCUGCAAGAGCACCAACUCCUGCGAAAACUCCUGUAAAUAAACAUUCUCCUGGUGACAGAUCUCAUAUUCCUGAUGCACAUAAACCAAUAUUUGAUGUUCUGUCCAGAGAAUUAUCGAGAGCAAGACAAAAUCCUCCUCAUAAUAAAAAAUUAUUAGAUGAUACAGAGAAACGUCUCAACGUUUUAUUUGAUGCUUUAAAUAAUGAAGAUAUUUUACCUGAUGUGAUUGAAUCAAUGAUGGAAAUAGUUCGAGCAAUGGAAGCUCGUGAUUAUAAUUUAGCAAAUAGCCUUCAACUUAAUUUGAUGACUACUAGAAUGGACUCUUGUGGAAAAUGGAUUGUCGGUGUUAAACAAUUAAUAAACUUGGUCAAAAAUAUACCAUAA